CCCAAGUAUCCGUCUCAAUAAUAGAUUCUUCUUAAACCCUAAUUUCCUCCAAGCUUCCCAUUUUCAAUCAAGACUUAUUUUCCAAUCCCUUUUGUCCUUUUUUACUUUUUUCUUCAUUAUCCCCUUCCAAGAAGCCGCCUCUUUGUGCCUAAUUUUUUCCCAAUCCGUAACUAUUUAUACCUCUCAACGAAUUCCAUUUCCCUACUCACCUCAACUUACUAAUAAUAACUACUCUUGUUAGUUGAAUUCUAAGGUUCUGCUCAAAUUAGUUAUUAUAUCACGUGAACUAAUUUGGGACUCAGGCAUAUCUAGUAAUGAUGAUGAAGUGCAAGAAUAACAAGAAACAAAGGAAGAGAGACGACCAUAAUUCAAAGAAGUCGAAUGUCAAAGUUGUGUAUAUUUCUACGCCUAUGAAAGUAAAGACUAGUGCCACGAGAUUUAGGUCACUUGUGCAAGAACUCACAGGACGGGACUCGGAUAUAGCUAGAAUCAUGGAGACCAAUGGGAUGACGGAGUUCGAAGAUAUUCAUCAUGGGUUGCUGCCAACAAAGUCGUCAUCACCAUCACCAUCACCGUCAUCAUCUUUGUUGCCAGCAAAGUCGUCUAGUUAUUCAUCUUCAGUGAGCUCGGAGUCUAAUUAUUUUAUGGAACCUAAUUUUAAUGAUUUAUUUAGCGGCCAAAUGGAAGAGCAAUUCCUUGCUUUAUUGGCUGAUUCGUCAAAUUAUUUGCCCUCUAGUAGUAGUGAUUAUUCAGCUGAGGUUGAUGUUCUCGGAAGCUAUGAUGCACUGUAGAUUUCUUAUGUUUGUUUUUGUAGUUUACUUGAGUGAUUUUGGUGAAUAGAUAAGGCAUAGAAUUAAGGUCACUCUCAAAAAUUGCUAUCUUCCCGCUGUAAAUUUUUCGUGAUUAUUUCUCACUAAAUAUCGAGAAAAAAAAACAUAAAUAGUAGAGUUUUCACUCAGAAA